AUGGUUUUCUUCCUAGGAUACCUCGCCCAUCGGCGCGAUUGCCGAUUCAAACAGGCAGAGCGUCAGCACGCCAUUGCUUCCCUUCCAGCAGCAUACCAUACCCCUCUCACCUCCUCGGACAUCGCGAUCCUUAACACACCUGUUGCUUCCACCGCCUCCAACGUUCGGGCCGGGGCAUGGAGCGCGAGCGACGUACUCAAGGCUUACGGUAAACGUGCCCUCGAAGCGCACCAGGAAACUAAUUGCCUGACGGAGGUGAUGAUCGGGCGCGCCGAGGCUUUGAUCGCAAGUGCGAAGAAGGGCGGUGGAGUGGCCGAGGUCAACUUCCAAGGCAGUCUUGCCGGCGUUCCAGUCAGCCUCAAGGAUAUUACUGGCGUGGCCGGGUAUGAUGCGUGCAUGGGGCAUUCCAAGUUGGUUGGCAAGCCGUUCAAGAAGGAUGCGGCACUUGUGAGGCUGCUCAAGGAUGCUGGGGCCGUCCCGUUCGUGAAGACAAAUAUCCCCAUCACACUACUCAGCUUCGAAAGCACCAACGACGUAUUCGGCAGGACCUCGAACCCCUUUAAUAAGGCAUACUCGCCAGGCGGUUCCACUGGAGGGGAAUCUGCGUUGCUUGCUUUCGGUGGAAGCCGCAUUGGCAUAGGCACGGACGUCGCAGGAAGCGUCCGGGUACCUUCUCAUUACUCGGGAAUAUACACCAUCAAGUGCAGCACCGGCCGCAUGCCUCGCACGGGGUGCAUGACGACGAUGCCCGGGCAGGAAGGCGUUCCUGCGGUGUACUCACCCAUGACUCGCACUUUGGAAGAUCUAGGAUACUUUCUAAAAAGCAUCGUGGACAUGAAGCCGUGGACAUACGACCACAGCUGCCAUCCUAUCCCUUGGAGAGGUGAAGAGGUGAAGAAGGAGAUGGAGGACGAGAAGCGCGAAAUCCGGUGGGGCGUACUGUGGACAGAUGGUGUCGUGGAUCCAACCCCCGCUUGUCUACGGGCGCUGCAACUGACCGUCGAUGCGCUAUCUGCUCGCGGAGAUUCAAUCAUCAACCUCUCGGACGCGCCGUCGCCUUACCGCGGCCUUCGUGCCGCAUCCAUCCUUCUCAACAACGAUGGUUGCUCUGUUCUGAACUCAUUCUUCCGUUCAUACUUCGAGUGGAAUGACCCCGGCGUGGCUCGUAUGCUCUUCGCCUUCCGCGUCCCUGCAUUCAUCAAGCGCGUCUACGCCUGGCUACUCAGGACCGUCUGGAAGGACGAAAUCUGGGCGGGCCUAGUCGAGAGGUGGAACAGACCGACUACGCCGGAACUCUGGGGGUUGGUGAAGGAGAGGGAAGGCUACAGGGCGGAAUGGUACGAGUACAUGAAGGAGAAGAACGUCGACUACGUUCUUUGCGUCCCCAACGCGGCGCCGGCCGUGCCCGCCGGAGGGAUGUACGACGGCUUCUGUAGCUGUGGGUACACCUUUCUGUGGAAUCUCCUCGACUACUCUGCGGGCGUCAUGCCUGUCACCAACGUCGACGCUGCGCUCGACGCCGUCCCGCGCGAUCUGUGGAAGCGCAUGCCGAACAGCAUCGCCAAGGGCGCGUGGAAGAUGUAUGACGCGAAGAAGAUGGAGGGGCUACCCGUUGGAGUGGAGGUCGUCGGCAGGAGGCUGGAAGAAGAGAAGGUUUUCUGGGGAAUGGAAAGGAUCAAGGAUGCCUUGACCGCGACCGGGGUACAUUUCAAGGGGAUCGAGGUGGCUUGAGGGAGGAGAGGUAUGGACUUCUGUAAACUCUGUGCUUUCUAUGCCGAUGGGACAUCGUGUAC